GAAAUGGAAUGAUUCAUAGGCAUCUCUAUCAAAGUUUCUGUCUUUCGUUUUUUCUCUUAUUUUAUUCUAGGGUUUGAAAAUUAGAUUCGAUCGUAUCGCUUCCUCUCUCGAUCUUAACCCUCAUUCGCUAUUAUCAUUAUUUUUAUUUUUAAUUUUUAUUAUUCAUUUUUCAUUCUCGUUAGGGUUCGUUUACUUGCCUCCAAGUUCCCACUCAUUUUUCGUUGGAUUUUUUUUUUCAACUCCUUGGGGUUCCGUUUCUCGGUGAGUCUCGGAUUUUCAAAUGAAAUUUUUAGGGGUUUUAGCCGUACAAUUUUGUUUGUAGGUACUACUCAGAGUAGUUGCUAAUAGUGAAUGAACUGAAGGAGCGUACUUGGAAGGGAUAUUUGGGAAAUUGUUUGUAAAAUUGGGGGAGGGAUAAUGUUUGUGCCGGGUAUGGAUUCUGCGAGAGAAGCUGGUGGUGGAGUUGCGGGCACAGUAUUAAUGCGGUUUGUGUGGCCUCAUGGGGGUCGAAGUGUAUUUCUUAGCGGUUCUUUUCAUAGAUGGACUAGGCUUGUGCCUAUGUCGCCGAUGGAAGGUUGCCCUACAGUAUUUCAGGCUAUUUGCAGUAUAACACCCGGUUAUCACCAGUACAAAUUUUUGGUUGACGGAGAAUGGAAGCAUGAUGAACACCAACCUUGCUCAACAAGUGAAUAUGGGUUAGUGAACACUGUCCUGUUCCCUGGGGAAGCCAAUUACAAUCCUGUUGUAGGUCCAGAGAUGGCAUUGGGAUCUGGUAUGGAAUUGGACAAUGAGACCUUUAGACGUGUGGUCCAUGUAUCUGAUGGUACAGCAAGUGACGUUGUACCAAGGAUAUCAGAGGCUGACUUACAGGUCUCUCGUCACCACAUAUCUGUCUUUUUGUCAACUCACACUGCAUACGAGUUAUUUCCCAAGUCAGGCAAGGUUCUUGCCUUGGAUGUUGAUUUACCAGUAAAGCAAGCAUUUCAUAUUUUGUAUGAGCAGGGAAUUCCUAUGGCUCCUCUUUGGGACUUCAGCAAGGGCCAGUUUGUCGGAAUGCUCAGUGCACUGGAUUUCAUUUUAAUUUUGAGAGAGAUUGGAAAUCAUGGAUCAAAUUUGACAGAGGAAGAGCUUGAUACGCACACUAUAUCUGCCUGGAAAGAGGGAAAAGCUUAUCUGAAUAGACAAAUUGAUGGGCAUGGGAGGGCAUUUUCUAGACGCCUUAUCCAUGCUGGGCCAUAUGAUAACUUGAAAGUGGUUGCUUUGAGAAUAUUGCAAAACGAGGUAGCUACAAUUCCCAUUAUCCAUUCAUCAUCAGAAGAUGGUUCAUUUCCUCAGCUACUGCAUCUUGCUUCACUUUCUGGAAUACUUAAAUGUAUUUGCAGAUAUUUCAGACAUUGUUCUGGCACCUUGCCUAUACUCCAAUUACCAAUUUGUACAAUUCCAGUGGGUACAUGGGUUCCAAAAAUUGGAGAAUCUAAUAGACGCCCUUUGGCAAUGUUGAGACCAAGUGCUUCACUUAGUUCAGCUUUAAACUUGUUGAUUCAAGCUCAAGUAAGUUCAAUACCUAUAGUUGAUGAUAACGACUCGUUAGUAGAUAUAUAUUGUCGGAGUGAUAUAACUGCUUUGGCAAAAGAUAGAGUUUAUACACAUAUCAAUAUUAAUGAAAUGACUAUUCAUCAGGCUUUGCAAUUGGGACAAGAUUCCUAUUCUCUGUAUGAGAGACUAAAUCAAAGAUGUCAGAUGUGUUUGCGUUCUGAUACAUUGCAUAAAGUGAUGGAGCGAUUGGCAAACCCAGGUGUUAGACGGCUAAUCAUUGUGGAAGCAGGCAGUAAACGUGUAGAAGGCAUUGUUACACUGAGUGACAUUUUCAAAUUCUUGCUUGGAUAAGUUCAAAUUAACCGACCACAGAAGUUGUAACUUGAAAGGGAUUGGUACAGUGAUUUUAUGACACUCCUGGUAUAUUUUAUUGCAGCAUCACCUGCCUUGUUCCGAGGAGACUGCAGUAGUAUCCACGGUCACAUUGAUCUCAUUUCCUUGAAAUCAACCAUUGGAUUGGCCUCUUGUUUGGUUGCCUAUUUUUAGAAUCAGGCUAAAAGAGGGGCAUGCAAUUUGAGAGUUGAUUAUGUCCUGAUUCUCUAAUUUGUUUAUCUCCUCCUUUACUUAUUAUUACAAAGAACUUUGAGCCAUUGGUGUAAAUUACUAAAUUUCAUGUGGGGAGCAGCAUGAAAGUUGUAACAGUUGUAUGUUUCUGCUGCUAAGUGGCGAAGGGAGGGAGGAGGAACAUUAAAUGAAUAUUCUCUCCUAUGCUUCAUUAGUAUGUGAUUGGCCUUUAGAAAAUUGGAAGGGGUUGUAACUGGCUUUUUCCCCCUUCUUAUUGAUGUUUACUGAUUGAAGCUUUAUGCUAGCAGGAGAAAGCUAAUGCUUA